AUGAAAAGGUCUUACCUCACGGAGGCAAUACAAGAAGGUGGAGCAUCGGCAAUAUAUGAGGGAGCUAAUGGGGCAUUGGUCUUUGAAUACAUGAAGGAAAAUGCAAAUACUAAGGAAAGAUUCAACGAGGCGAUGACGAGUCAUACAUCAAUAGUAAUGAAGAAAAUACUAGAGAAUUACAAUGGUUUUGAAAGUUUGAGUGAUUUGGUAGAUGUAGGAGGAAGCUUAGGCAGUAAUCUUACCCAAAUCCUCUCCAAGUACCUGCAUAUCAAAGGUGUCAACUUCGACUUGCCUCACAUUGUCAAAGAAGCUCCCCAAAUUCAUGGCGUGGAACACAUUGGUGGUGAUAUGUUUGAUGAAAUUCCACGAGGCGCUAUAUUGAUGAAGUGGAUACUUCAUGAUUGGAACGAUGAAAAAUGUGUGGAAAUACUAAAAAAGUGUAAGAAAGCACUACCGGAAACUGGAAGAAUCAUUGUAAUUGAAAUGAUAUUACUGCGAGAAGUAUCAGAAACCGAUGUUGCAACCAAGAAUUCAUUGUGUUUAGAUUUGACAAUGAUGACUAUAACGUCUGGGGGGAAAGAGAGAACCGAAGAGGAAUUUGAAGAUCUAGCUAAGAAAGCUGGCUUUAAGCCCCCAAAGAUUAUUUACGGCGCUUAUUCUUUUUGGAUGAUCAUUGAAUUAUAUCCUACUUGAAAUGCAACUUCUUUCAAGUUAUAAUUUAAGAAUAAUUAUGUUGAA